AUGACGCCACGCCUUUUGCGCUGUUCACCCUCUCGUGGCACAAGGAGCUACUUUGACCGAAUAUGCGCCCGCACAAUACACACAAGACAUAUUGCUGUAUUCCCUCUAUUGUUGUUCUUAUGUUUCACAUUACCGUUCUCCAAGACCAGACAGAGUCAAAGACUUCGAGGCACAAAGGCUACUUACCGAUAA